CUAGUCGCCAGUCGAGUUCAAUAUUGCAUACCAGUAACAACACCCAACUGCGUGAGGUUCUCAUUUUUUUCGCGUGACUUAACUAUUUGCUUGCAUCGAACCAUCUAUAUUUUUGUUUUACAUUAAACCUUUCUUCUGCCCACAACCCCAACCCGAUUAACACUGUUCCGCAUACAUUGCGGGGAGCUUUUUCUUAAUUUGUAACCGGCUCCAGCAGAGAGUGUGUGAGUGUGUACGUGCCACCGUGGCCGGCUGUUUGCUUAUCAAAAGAUUGAGUUUGAGGUAUAAAAACCGCGUUACGAACAAGCGGAACACUCAGUGGACCAAAGUGUAGUGCUGCAAUUCGAAAGUGUUUGAGCAAAAUGUCUCGCAAUCCAGCGGAAAACCAAUUGAACCUGUACAAGGAGGGCCAAAAGGAGAAAUCCGUCUCAGUCACCAGCAAUGGCGCUCCGGUAGGAACCAAGACUGCCACCGCAACGGUCGGUGAGCGUGGCCCAGUGGUGCUGCAGGAUGUGCAUUUUCUGGACGAGUUGGCCCACUUUGACCGGGAACGCAUUCCGGAACGUGUGGUACAUGCCAAGGGAGCCGGUGCUUUCGGUUACUUCGAGGUAACGCAUGACAUCACCAAGUACACGUCGGCCAAGGUUUUCGAAAAAGUAGGCAAAAAGACGCCCCUGGCCGUGCGCUUCUCAACCGUCGGAGGUGAAAGCGGAUCAGCGGACACCGCUCGUGAUCCCCGUGGUUUUGCUGUAAAAUUCUACACCGAUGAUGGUGUGUGGGAUUUGGUCGGAAAUAAUACACCGAUUUUCUUUAUUCGUGAUCCCAUACUGUUCCCAAGCUUCAUUCACACCCAGAAGCGUAAUCCUGCUACCCAUCUGAAGGAUGCCGAUAUGUUUUGGGAUUUCAUCUCGCUCCGGCCAGAGUCGACCCAUCAAGUUAUGUUCCUAUUCGCCGACCGUGGUAUUCCCGAUGGCUACCGAUUCAUGAACGGUUACGGAUCACACACUUUCAAAUUGAUCAACGCCGAUGGCAAGCCUGUGUACUGCAAAUUCCAUUUCAAGUGCGAUCAGGGCAUCAAGAACCUGGAGGCCAGUAAAGCUGAUGAACUUGCUGGAGCUGAUCCUGACUACAGUAUCCGUGAUUUGUACAAUGCUAUUGCUAAGGGUAAAUUCCCCAGCUGGACUCUCAAAAUUCAGGUUAUGACUUUUGAACAGGCGGAAAAGCAUCCGUUCAAUCCAUUUGAUGUAACUAAAGUCUGGCCUCAAAGUGAUUUCCCGCUUAUCCCUGUUGGUCGUAUGGUGCUGGAUCGCAAUCCGAAGAACUAUUUCGCUGAGGUUGAACAGAUUGCCUUUGCCCCGUCUCAUUUGGUUCCCGGUAUUGAACCAUCCCCCGAUAAGAUGCUCCAAGGACGUCUGUUUUCUUACGCAGAUACCCAUCGUCAUCGUCUCGGUGCCAACUACAUUCAGUUGCCGGUAAACUGUCCGUACCGUGUUAAAACUACCAACUAUCAACGUGACGGUCCAAUGAAUUCUACCGACAAUCAAGGAGGUGCUCCCAAUUACUAUCCCAACUCUUUCAGUGGUCCAGAACCGUGUCCGCUUGCUCGUAAGCUUCAGAAUAGCUCGUUCAAGGUGUCCGGUGAUGUCAACCGUUACGAAACUGGAGAAAGCGAAGACAACUUCACCCAACCAGGCAUUUUCUAUCGCAACGUAUUGGACGAAGCUGCUCGUAAGCGCAUGAUUACCAACAUCGUAAAUCACUUGAGCAACGCUUCAUCGUUCAUACAAGAACGAACAGUCAAGAAUUUCACCCAGGUUGACAGCGAUUUCGGUCGCCGUUUGACUGAAGGUUUGAAACUACGCCGCACCGCUAACCUUUAAUGUGGAAAAAUGUUUUGAUAAAUGGAUUGCAAUUACGCCUUAUAAAUCACACACAUACAAAUUUUAUUUUUCAAAUGAUUAUUAUUUUAUAUUGUCUUUGCACACACGAAGGAGAGUAUAGGGUUAAGAGAUCAUAUUACGGGCGUUGAUUGUUUUAAUGGUUCUACAAUCCGAUUACAAUUUUUACUUUGCUAGCUGUUAUCAAUCUUUGGGAUAAUAUUUGAUUCCAAUAAAGGUUAACGAUUUCCUAAAA